GGAAGGAGAGAAGGGACGGGGAGGGCAGAAAAGGGAGUCUGAGUCGGCUUAGAAUGGAACUAUGUUGAGUGGAUGGCGCAGAUUUUGCUCCUUUAUUUCUUGCGUGGUUUAAAAAAUGUGUCAGCUUUGUGUGGAAAAGCCUUCUUUGUUUUAGUCAAUGCGUCAGGGAAAUUCAGCUCAAGUGGUGUGUGGAGAAAGUUGAAAGGAUUGCCACCAUCCGGAAAGGCAGAGUGUGAAUCCUGAAAUAAAAAUCCUUUGAAGUGAGAGUGUUCAAUAUGUGUGCCACUUUCUGUUUUUUGCCCAACACUAGAGAACAAUCGAUGGGCGGUGUGACAUUAGAGAUACUUACCAACACUGCUGGCCAGAAUCCCAUCGAACUUACACCCAUGACAGGUAACUUUUUUUACGUGUGUGUAUUGGAUUAGUCCUAGUGAAAAUUGUGUAAAAUUUCUGUACAAAUUGUGAGAGAAAUUAGAGUCAAUACGAGGGCAUUUUUUGAAACAAACGACUACGACGAGACAAGGAAAUCUCCUCAACACGAAAUAAAAGAAUCGGUGAAUUCAAUAGAUCCAAAUACGAAACCACCAGCAAAAAACAUAAUGAAGUCUUCAAGAGCGGCACUUUAAGACAGAUUUAAUACAGAACAUCUUAAGACUAUAAUCGUUCCCUUGGGUUUUUCGGUUUUCCAGGGCCUCGUUUCCAGUUAACCCACCUAAGAUCCCCGAAAAAACGAAAAACUUAUUUUGUGGCGUUCAGUUUGCUGUCAACUCUUUGCUUCGUAGGAGUGACAGAUUGAGGUUCCGGACACACAACAUAUUCUUUAGCAAUCUGCGUUUACGUACGCACAUAUAUAUAGAUAUAUGUCGUUUGGAUCGUGAUUAGGCCGUAUCGGUAGCAAUGUCCACUGCUCUGGCAAUGGCAGCGGCUUCAUCCUCGAGUGCCACGGCAGCAGCAGCAACAACGACGAUCAAUAGCAACACCACAAACACCACAGCGUCGCCGGCAACAACAACCACCACCACGAUGAACACCACCAUAAAGACCACAACCACGGCGGAUACAAAUAUGGCUUCCAUUCAACUGGAAAUUGAAGAGUCUGGCAAGGAGCAGGCAGAGGAUUUGGAGCCAGCAGUCGAGCUAAGUGCUCCGAAACCAAGAAGGCUGCGCAAAACCACGGUGGUGCACACAUGCCCUCGGCCACCGGGUGGCUACAGGUACUCCAUGGAGUUUCUCUACGGGAUUGGGAGUGGAAUGGCCGGCGUGACCCUCAAUAUUCCCACCCCCUCUUCGAUAACACCACGCACUGUGAGAACCACGGCUCCUUCACUGACCACCCACGUGCCUUUACUGCCCACCAUGGGCAUGGCAACAGCUGUAUCAGGACGUUCGAGUGGUGCAUCGGGGAAUCGUUACUCAGGUGGAGUAAUGGGAACAGCUGGAGGAACCACCGUAGCCUCGGUCCCGCCGACCUCCACGGCGACAACAGCAAAUGCCUCUGCAGGAUCAGGAGCAGAAGGAGUGGCAGGAGCAGGUGCCUUAGCAGCCGGUUCAUCGGGCACCAUGCCAGCUGCCCAGUUCAUCUACCAGGGGUACCUGCCCACUGGACCCCAGCGACGAUUGUGGCACACGGAGAACGCCGUCUGGCAGUUCGAUAGGAACUAUCCAUAUAAUCAGGCCUAUUCUUCACAGUACGGAAUACCAAUGAUGCCACUGGGGUUUGAACAUCCAUAUGGUCAGCGAAUUAUAUACCCGGGCUACUACAAUCAGGCCACUGGUGGAUUACAUGCUAGUCCAAUGCCGGGAAUGUCGAGAACCAGAAGUCAUGUGGCACAACAGCCACAUUUGUUGCCGCAACCAACGGUUGCUGUUGGUGAAACCACCGAGGAAACUCCUCCAACCCUUGGAAAUGCUCCGCAGGUGAGCAGUCCCUGGCGUUACGGAAGACCAGGAGCACAUCGCGAUCGCUUAGGAUCAGGACGACAGGCGGUGUCCGCCGCAGCGAGUUCAACCGUAUUCCACAGAGACUCGAGGACAUUUUACAACAACAUAACCGGUGGACCGCGUUUCAAAGCGCCCUUUGUGGCGAAUCCUCGCAGUUAUCAAGGAGGAGCUAUAUCAGCCGGAGGAGCAGUAACCGCAGCAGCGGGAGGAGUUUCAGCUGGGGUAUUUACAGCAGGAGCAGGCAGCUCCAGCGAUCAAAAUCUGGCCAAUCGCAACAAUCCAGGCUCCUCGUCCAGCAAUCACUCCAGAAUCCGCCAGAACAGCAAGAGAGGCGGAAAGAAUGCAAUUGGCAAAGAGCGCACCUCUAAUUCUUCGGGAUCUCUGUCCGCUUCCUCCUCGAAAUCGCAACUGGACAGGCGUCCCAGUUCGAGCACGUCCAUUUCGCCGAUCAAACAUCCGAAUCGCACUUACAGGAACCGGAUGCGCUAUAUGGCCAAUGAGCAAGUGGAGCAAAAGUCGGUGGCCAUAGCGGCGCCAGUGAAUAACUACCAACCGCCGACACAACCAUCUGCAGUGCGAAGGGUUUCCAAGUUCCAAGGAGGAAAUGCCUAUCAGGAGUCACGAUACUAUCAAUCCCGACACAUGGAUGCUUUCGUCUACCAAUCCGGGCACUUUAUGGUUUAUGGAACGGGGUCACCGGGCGCGGGGGCAGGAGAAGUGCCCAUGCCAAGAGCAGCAGGAGGAAUCGCAGGAUCUGGUGGAGCAGGAGGUGGUGGAGGAGGAGCAGCUACGGCCGCGGCCAGCAGCGCCACCUCGGAGGGCGAGCAGCCGCUGGACUCGGACUUUGAUCAGCGCCAGGACUAUGCUGACUUGGGUCUGGAUCCAGCCAAUGGCGGCUUCUCCUCCGACCUGGAGCCGCUCGGUUACAAGCAGGACACCUCCGAACUGGACGCCCACUCGUGUCAGCUGUCGCAUCCCAGUUCCGAGAUCGAUGGCGACGAUGGCCAUUCCUUUGCCAGCUUGGCACCCAGUGUAGAGAGCGAUGCCACCGAGAGUGACCUAAGCGACGCCUCCGUGGAGUCGGUGGUUCGCAAGAUAAUGGUCAGUUGCCUGGCCAUGGCCACUGGUGCCCAAGAGCCCGAUCUGAGUGGUCCGAAUCUGGUGCCCUACGGUGACAUGCACCAUCUCAAGGAGCUUGAGAGAAAGUCCCAAGCGACUGGCAUGAGCAACGGAUACAGGUGCGCAAUGCAACACCAUCCGCAUCACCUUCACCAUCCGCAUCUCAGUCCCAGAGGAAUGAGUUGCUGCGGCGAUAUGUUGAGUCAACCCUCGGAGGAGAUGGUCUACAAACAGGACCAGCAGGAUCAGCCGGAUGCCUUUGGCAAUGAGAAAAGCUACUUGAAGGAGAUAACCGAGGAGGCCGACAACAUCUCGGUGACCUCCAGUUUCUCUUGCAGCCCGUCCGCGUGCUCCAGCAUGAGUGCACUGGCUCCCGCGGCGAACAGAGGCAACUUCAUCCUGCAAGAAGAAACCGCAGACGACGAACUGCCCUUGGUGAUUCACAAUCGCUAUUGGCGCGAAUUUUUUGGUUAUACACCAGCUGAUCGUUUUUUACUCAGAACCAAAUUAGUGGAAAUAAAGCGGCCACCGAAAACCGUGUCCAGCAGGAACAAGUGGGAACCCUUGUCCCUUUCCAUUUGGAGGAAGUUCCUCGAGGCCCAGCAGACCCGUCAUGUCUAUAAAACCAAGAUGCGACUAUGGCGUUUCAUUUACACAGUGGCCAUGACGACCUAUCCCAGAUAUGGCCUAUAUUUGGUGGGCUCCUCCAUAUCGUUCUUUGGAUCCAAGUGCUCGGACAUGGACAUUUGCAUGCUGGCCUGCACAAAUCCCAACAUUGAUCCCCGCAUGGAGGCCGUCUAUCACCUGCAAUUGAUGAGGGAGCUGCUGAAUCGCACGAAUAUGUUCCAGGACUUCAAUCUGAUCGAGGCUCGAGUGCCGAUACUUCGAUUCACCGACCGGCGACACAAGGUGGAAGUGGACAUUAACUUCAAUAACUCCGUUGGGAUCAGGAACACCCAUCUCCUGUACUGCUAUUCCCAGUUGGAGUGGCGACUGCGUCCGAUGGCCUUAACUGUAAAACAGUGGGCUCAAUAUCACAAUAUCAACAAUGCCAAGAACAUGACCAUUUCGAGUUACUCCCUCAUGCUGAUGGUCAUCCAUUUCCUGCAGGUCGGAGUUAAUCCGCCGGUGCUGCCAUGCCUGCACAAGCUAUAUCCGGAUAAGUUUGGACUCUUGCUACCCAGCGAUUUCGGCUAUGUGGACAUGAACGAGGUGAUGGCUCCGUAUCAGUCGGAAAAUACCCAAUCUCUGGGUGAGCUACUGCUGAGUUUCCUGCACUACUACAGUGUGUUCGAGUACGGGAAGUAUGCAAUCUCCAUACGGGUGGGUGGUGUUUUGCCCGUGGAGAUUUGCCGGGCCUCGACUGCACCCAAAAACGACAUUCACCAGUGGAACGAGCUGUGCAUCGAAGAGCCCUUCGAUCAGACGAAUACAGCGAGGUCGGUGUACGAUUCGGAUACCUUUGAGCGCAUUCGGGCCAUCUUUAUGGCCAGCUACAGAAGACUGGAGACGACGAGGAAUCUAAAUUCCAUAUUCGAGGGCUACGACGGACCCACAAUCCUGAUGCAACAGCCCUCGGCGGAAUCAGAAAAUGAGUUUUACGAAGGCCAGGCGCAGCAGCAUUUGCUGGCGAACAGAGGAUCCUCCAGGUCCAAUAGUAAAAGACCCUCGCCGCGACCCUCUAAACUGAUGGUGGACAAGGCCACCACGGCCAUUUGGAGCGAUAUCAAUGGAAAACCUGAGCUAGCAGCCAACCGAAACGGAACUUUGGAUAGCAAUCAAAAUAACCAUGAUACCGGCACUAGUGCAAACAAUUGUGCUGGAAUUAAUAACAAGAUCUCCAAGAAUAUGCAUAGCAAUGAUGAAUCUGUGGCCACCGAGUCACCGCAUGCAUAAAAACUCUCAUCAAAAAUAUAAACUAAAACCAAAAACACUACAUCAUACGCCACUCUCCACAAAACUAUGAAAGAAAUCUUUUUAUAUCACCCCCAUCAGGAUGUAAAAAAAAAAUUGAAAGGUUGUGAAAGAAAGUUUUUUGUAGCAGUUGCCGGGCGCUUUUAAACCGAUUUAAAUUUGACGUUGGAUAAUUAUAUAUGAAAUGUAGGGAAUUAGUCGACUUCAAUUCACAGAAUGUGAAAUGACCAAAUAAAUAACUAAACACCUAUCACAACGCAAAGUCGGUCGCAAAAAAAGCACAAAAGUCUGCAAAAAUGCAAGAAAUAGUUUCAUGUGUUUGCGUACCUUAACGACUAAACUCGUUUUCACAAGCUUCAAAACAAGUCAGUUGCUAAACAAAAUGUAGCAAUUGAAAUUAAAAUACCAAAAAAAUAAACAAAAUUUAAAAAUGUAAAAAAAAAAUAAAUCAUCAGAAUCGAAGCCGUUUUGUACAAAGUAGGGAAGCAUACAUUUAUACAUCACAAUAUUCCUACUUUUUAUACAGGUAUAGGUUUUCCAAAACAAAAACAUUACAAAAAAAAACAACAAAUGAAUAAAAUGUACAACAAAAAACUCAACAAAAUUUUGUAAUAAAACAGUGUAAAAAACGCGCAAGUCUUCACAAAAUAGCUUACGAGUUAAACGGUUGAUUACCAAACUCAACCAAAAAACUUGAUUAAACCUGAUGAUAGCGCCAAAAAAAUUAUAAAAAAUAAAAUCCUUAA